AUGAGGAUCUUGCUUUACGUCUUUGGCGUCCUCGCCUUGUUCUCUCUAACUCCUCAAGCCAGCUCAUUCUCUAACACUGGAUGUCGUUCUGGACACUACAGUUGCAGAAUGAAGUGCAACGAGAAUGAAUAUGCGAUUCAGUACUGUGCUGACUGGAGCAUCUGCUGCAGGGUGAAGAACAUGAAAAUGAAGAGAAAAAGGAAGUGGUGA